GCAGCUUGAGGCGCGGCGCGUGUGCUAGCGCUUCCGGGCGGUAGCACGCUGUGUUGGCGGCGGCUCCCCGUCUCCCUCAGCUGCAGCAGCAGGAAGCUGGGUGGCAAGCCCUUGUAGUCCUGUGCGAUGGCGUCUCGAUACGACAGGGCAAUCACUGUCUUCUCCCCAGACGGACACCUUUUUCAAGUUGAAUAUGCCCAGGAAGCGGUGAAGAAAGGAUCCACCGCGGUCGGAAUUCGAGGUACCAAUAUAGUUGUUCUUGGGGUAGAAAAAAAAUCUGUUGCCAAGCUUCAAGAUGAAAGAACUGUGAGGAAAAUUUGUGCCCUUGAUGACCAUGUCUGCAUGGCUUUUGCAGUUUUGACAAUUUUUGUAGGACUUACUGCUGAUGCUAGAGUAGUAAUAAACAGAGCCCGUGUGGAGUGCCAGAGCCAUAAGCUUACAGUUGAGGACCCAGUCACUGUAGAAUACAUAACUCGCUUCAUAGCAACUUUAAAGCAGAAAUAUACCCAAAGCAAUGGACGAAGACCUUUUGGUAUUUCUGCCUUAAUUGUAGGUUUUGAUGAUGAUGGUAUCCCAAGAUUGUAUCAGACAGAUCCUUCUGGUACUUACCAUGCUUGGAAGGCAAAUGCAAUAGGCCGAAGUGCUAAAACUGUUCGAGAAUUUCUAGAAAAGAAUUACACAGAAGAUGCCAUAGCAAGCGACAGUGAAGCUAUCAAGUUAGCAAUAAAAGCUUUGCUAGAAGUUGUCCAGUCUGGUGGAAAAAACAUUGAACUUGCUAUAAUAAGAAGAAAUCAACCUUUGAAGAUGUUUGGUGCAAAAGAAGUUGAAUCAUAUGUAACUGAAAUAGAAAAGGAAAAGGAAGAAGCAGAGAAGAAAAAAUCAAAGAAAUCUGUCUAAUUCUUAGGGUGACCACUGGGAGGUCUUAAUGUUUUGUUUUAUUGUACUGCCUGAGGUUGUUUAGUGAAAUUUUAGAGGAAAACAGUUAUUUUGCAGCAUUACAUGUAGUACUUGUGUGAUGUUUUGAGAAUGCCAGAUCUGUGGCUGUCUUCAUUCUAUUACAUAGUCAAACAUAGGUUUAUGUGAAGAUUUUCUUUGAAAGGGGAUUUCAGUAAUUGUUGAGAGCAGUCAUAAUUCCACAUAAACCUGAGACUCUAUAAUUUGUCCAGUGUCUUACUUAUCUUCAUAUAUGCAAAUAUAAUUUUAAAAAUUUUUUUAAUUAAAAAAUUUUAAUAAUUUGAUGAUGUUUGAGUAUUGACUGUCAGUUAAGGACAUAGCUAUUCCAAAUAAACUAAAUAUAAUAUUGAGUUGCAUUUCUCAAAGAAUGACAAAAGCAUCCUUAUACUGAUGAGUUCUUAAAGUUUUGUCAGAGCCUUCUUCAUUUUACAAUAUUUCGUUAUUUUUAUUUUACCUUUUUCAUUUUACAAGUUGCAAUAUACUGUUUUGUUCAUGGAACAAAUAUAGGCUGAAUUCAAACAUGCAAUUAAAGCAUGGGAAGAGCUUCUAAGGGCAUCUUAACAGGAUGCUACAUGAAAAUAAGGAAAGAAAUUAAUACAUAUAACUUUUAGUUUAGGUUUUUAUUUUAUCUCAAGUAUGUCCAGUGUGUUCGGUUUGUUACAUAUCCCAUGAAAUAUCGGAGUGUGUAUUUUAUGAUUGGUAUUAUGGUAGGCUUAUUGGGGGAACAAGAAAAAUAUAAAAAGUGAUCUCUGCCCACGGAAAGGAUUUAAUCCAAAUGGUCCACAAGAGGAAUGUGCUUAAUUCCUAUAGCGAGUUUAUAUUUUUGAAAAUAAAGACUAGUAAAUAUUC